ACACGGUUAUCUUUAAGGAGGGAGCCUCCUUUUAUAGACUCAUCACAAUCUCCAGACUUCAACAGCUGUUCGGGAGACAGGAGUAAAUAUGUGGAUAACCUUUGAUUCAUCUCUAAGCCAGGGGACGGUUGCAUCCCUUUCUUCCUGCGUUUCUCUCUUAUUGGUUCGUAAGACACAAAUGACCAAGCAGCUGAUGCAGAGGGCAGCGCUCUGCAUCAGCCAACUUGGAGAGUGAGGACCCCGAAGGCUUCUUGAAAUAGAAAUUUAAAAGAGGAGGAGCAGAGAAAGGAGGAGAGAGAGAGAGAGAGAGAGAAGGAGGCUUUAGAGUGAGAGCCCUCGUAUGCCAGGCUCCAAACCUAGCAUGGCUGUGCAGGAUAAACACAGUGACGUCCCUCCAUCGCAGGGACCGCUUUCUACGCGUAACAUCCACAGCCAGAGGAAGGGGAAUGGAUUCAAUAAAAGAACAGGAGACAAUUGUGGUUAUAUCAAACCAAACUCACAGGCAAAGACGACAGCCUGUUCAGUCAACACGGCUGCUCAAAUCUGCAACACGGCCACUUCACGAGCCACUGCAGUGACCCAUGGGCCGAAUGUGGAUGAGAGGCUGAAAGCAGCACGGGAAAGAAGAGAGGAGCACCAGAAGCUACUUGUCUCUCGGGAGCGGGGCAGAUUGGAGCGGGAGCAGCGGGCCCGGCAGUACUAUGAACAACAGCUGCAGGAGCGCAAGAAGAAACUCCUGGACCAGAGGCUCAAGGAGGAGAGGAAGCGUGCUGCUGUGGUGGGAAAGCGCAAGCAGACACUGAUGGAGGAGAAAGAGCGACAUGAAUGUGCAGUGCGUCGAACGGUGGAGAAGAGCCAAAGGGCCCAGCACAGCCUGAGUCAGAACCCGAGAGGAAGGAAGCUCACCACGAACGCACCCCGUCGCUUGCCUCUGACAUCAUGGGAGAAGAAGUUGGUCAGUCGCCUGCUUACCCCCACGUGCUCUUAUCUGGCCAGGAGCAAGAGUGUUGGCUGUCAGUCAGGAGAAGAAGUUGUCCAUGUUUGUCGCCGUGCAGUUUCAUUCCACUUCAUGAAUUCCACCGUCACUGCCCCUCACAAUCCCAAACACCCCUCUGGGUCAUCCCACCACAUGCCGUCUGCCUCCCCGAGUCCCGACAACAGGCAGCACAGAAGCCUCAACAUGCCACAGAUGAAAGCAGCAAGACAGAAGGACGCUCAUAGGAAGAACUCCAAUGCAAAAUCCACUCCUGCCAACACCAGUGCGAACAGGGCCAAAACCAAACCCCCGUCACCUGACCGGACCCCCCGGCGAUCAAUCCGCAGACACGCAACCCCGCUGCAGCUUGAGCUCCCACCUGUCCCUGAGGAGGACGUCACCGUUUGUAGUUCAGCCCUCUCCCCUGGUAACUCAAGGCCUGUCAGGACACCGGUUCAAGGUCAACGAAAGACAAUGAUGGAUGAGACUCCAUGUUUGAAUCUGCCCCACAAAGAGACACCUACCAUCACCACGACCACAGGACAUGGAAGUCCUCCCCAAACCUCUCCUCAUCCAGAUCCACAGCCUCCUAAAGUCACGUGUAGACCUUCAGCCGGGACCACAGACCAAGGGGAGGCCUCCCGUCUCCUGGCUGAGAAAAGGAGAGAGGCCCGACUACAACGUGAGAGAGAGGAGCAAGAGCGCCUACAAAGAGAAGAGGCUGAAAGGCGGAGUGGCGAGGAGCUGGAGCACAUGAGGGCAGGGGAGCGAGCGCGACAGCAGGCCGAGGCUCGGCGUCUCGUAGAGGAGAAAAUGAGGAGGGAGGAAGAGGAGCAGAGACAAGCCGAGGAAGAAAGAGCUCAGGCUAGGAGGGAGGCCGCUCUUCUGCAGAAACAGAGAGAGGAGGAACAAGCCAAAGAGAGGGCAAAGGCAGAGGAGAUGAUACAAGAGCGAGAAAUACUGGCACGGAAAGAGGAGGCAGCACGCCAAGCAAGAAGAAAGCGACUUGAGGAGAUCAUGCGGAGAACCAGGAGGACAGAUUCUCCAGAUACGAAACCUGUUCCAGUGAGUAUUUUGCCAAGUGAAGCCCAACCAAAGGAAAACACUCAACCUGUCCACAACGGUACUAUCCAAGUUGCCGUCAAGAUGACAGUGGGGACAAAGCUAGGGCUGAACAACGAGGAGGAUGCGAUACCUGUUGUGGCCUUUAAAGAACGCAGGUCCCUUAGGACUCUCACGGGCCUGGAGGAAAUCCAGAGCCACCAACGAGCAGAAGUCAUCUGAGAACCCUCACACAUGGGCUCAAAGGGUCUGUUGGAGAGUCACACUGCAGCACAGCCACGUUGCUGCCCUGCAGGGCAUGAAAGAGCAUGUAAGAGAACAGCCUCGCCUCUCACUGAGGACGUCAGCAUCGGCUCACUUUGCUGUGUGUAACCUGUGGCACAAAUAUCGGGCGUUAUUUAUUGCUUUCUUCGGCUCAGCAAGUUUCCAGAGUUAUUAAUGAAGAGCCAAAAACCAGUAUAUGUAGACAGUGGUAAUGAUAGUUCGCUGGCGAGUGAAUAGCCAUUCUAGCAACCACAGCACAUGUUAGCCAUGCUUUUUUGUUUAUUCCGGUUAUAGUUCUUGCAAUCCAAGCACUUUUCCUUCCCAGUUUUGUCACUGUGGAAUUAGAAUAGCUCAAGUGGCAGUUUUUGCUGAGAACAAAUGACUUUAGCUUGUUGGUGAAAAGUUGAUGUAAAUUCCUAUCUUCCCUUUUGAUUUUGUGACCUAUAGAAAUCACAUAUUUCAAAGCUGCUAAGGAACUUUGUUUUCAAAGACUUUGCUUUAGAUUAAUGAGUGUUGUUUAAGAGAAUUUGAUGCACAAAACCUUUAUUGCACUGACUUGCUUUGUUUGAUCCAUCUAAUCACAUAACAAAGGAAAGGCUAAGUUAAGAGAGUUUAUUAUAGUAAAAGCAUAUGAAAACAAAUGUAUGUGAUCUCAAUAUUUGAUCUUGUAGUAUGUUAUUGCUUAUAAUUAUCGCUUAACCUGUUAAAAAGUUGGACUAUAUGCCAUAUUUCAAAUAAAGUUGAAACUAUACCACA